AUGAAUUCACCAGUUGCCAGAUACACUUCUAUCGAAGUUCGUUAUGUCCCCAAUAGCAGUAGUCUCAUUUUGAGUCCCAUAUCUGAACAAUAUGUCGACCAUCAUGUAACUGUGAAAUGGCUUUACGCAUUGAUUCUUUUCAGUCUGGUAUACUCAGUGCUUUACAAUCUCUAUCUCAGCCCCAUUGCUAAGGUCCCGGGGCCAUUCCUUGCCAAGAUAUCUCCAGUAAGCCAUUUUAUGAAUUCGUCCUCGAAUCUUAGACGAGGGUUUUUCCUGAUUACCAAACAGCUAUGGCUUAUGAGCGCUGUGUACCGGAGACGCCUCAAUCAUGAUAUCAAGGCGCUGCAUGAGAAAUAUGGCCCUGUCGUUCGUCUUUCCCCUACUGAGCUUUCUUUCGCAACCAUAGCGGCCCAAAAUGCAAUUCAUAGACCUGGAGGCUCAGCGAAAGAGCAUGCAUUUUUCACCAAAGAAGGAACACUGGAAGCAAUGAUGGGUGAUAUCAUCUGGCCAGCAACGAAUCUUCUUACAGUCACAGAUCCCCAAGAGCACCAACGCUUGAAAAAAGCCCUGCAGCCAGCGUUCACAAGCAGUGCGUUACGUUCUCAAGAAAGCAUACAGAAAGCCCAUGCGUAUGUCAUGAUUUCAAACAUCAAGAAAUCUGCCGCGAAAAGAAGCUGCAUAGAUUUGACUCCGUUGAUGUCACAAGCCAUCUGGGAUAUUAUCAGUGAUCUAUCAUUUGGCGAGCCGUUGCUCAAGGAUCAGCUUGGUAAGGCCAUCCAUUCCCUAUUCCCUGAGAUAAUAACACCAACUAACGGCAAUAAAGUGAAAUUCGAGACACUCAAAACAACAUUCUGCGCAGUCAGUCCAUUGCUUGAAGCCUUGCAGGUCUUACUAGCUGUACCAGGAGCACAGACUUUUGCGAAAGCCUGUGUGAGUUUGGUGCCUCUACUUUUCUGGCUUCCGACGAGGGUUUUGCCUUCUGCACAACUCCGAAAACGCCUCGACCGUCAAGAUCAAAACGAGGACUUUUUGACCGCGAUCAUGAGAUGCAGAGAACUAGGCAUAAGCAUGACAGAUAAAGAGCUCCAGAGUAACGCCUCACUUCUCGUUAUGGUGGGAUAUGACACAACCGCUACGUCUUUAUCUGCUACUUUGAACUUGUUGCUACGCAAUCCCCACUAUCUGGAGGCGCUCAAAAAGGAACUUCAAAGUCACUUCAAUUCAUUCGAUGAUAUGACCGCAGCAUCCUUGUCUCAGCUUCCCCUGCUCAAUGGUUGUAUACAGGAGGGUCUCAGGCUCUUUCCUCCGGCAAAUGGCAAAGGCACUAACAGGACAUCGCCUGGCGCUUUCAUCGAUGGCACUUAUGUCCCUAAAGGCGUGAAUGUUUCUGCCGACAUGUACACCAUCCAAAGAUCCCCUCAUUACUGGUCCAGGCCUGAUUCCUUUUGUCCUGAAAGGUGGUUUGACAAUGGGCCGGGCACAGAGUUUGCCAACGACAUCCGGUCCUCUCAUUGCCCAUUUCUACUUGGUCCGAGAAUGUGCAUUGGUCGGGCCGUCGCUCUACAGUCCAUGCGAUUCAUAAUUGCAGGCAUGGUUUGCGACCUAGAGCUAGAGGCUGUGGGACAAUAUGAUUGGGAUAAUGACGUAUCUAACUCGUAUCUUUGGACAGACUACAGAUGUUUCGCUGAGGUCAGAUAA